AUGACGGAGAACUUUGUCGACUUUAUUGGGCUCUACGGCCAUUUCGCCGGCGAGGACUACCCCAGCGACGAGGACGACGACGUUGACGAGCAUGCGAGUGAGCGCGCGCCGCUGCUGGAGCGUGUGCCGCAGAAAAUGCCGUCGACGGCGUCGAACAACAAGGCCUUCUUUUUGCUGCUCAAGGCGUUUGUCGGCACAGGCGUCCUGGUUCUGCCCAAGGCCUUUUCGAACGGCGGGCUCCUGGCAUCCUGCUUGAUGAUGGUCUUUGUUGCCUGGUACGCCUGGCACUGCAUGCUUGUCCUGGCCGAGGUUUAUCAGCGUGUCGGGGGCAGCUACAGCGAGCUCGGGCUUAAGCUCUUUGGACCCUGGGCCAGCCGUACAAUCACUGUGUCGAUUCUGCUGGCGCAGCUGGGCUUUUGCUCCGCCUACACUAUUUUCGUAGCAACGAAUGCCCGGGACCUGUGGAACUCGAUCACGCAGUGCCGGUAUAAUUUCUCCCCCACCUUCUGGGUUGUCCUGCAGCUGCUGGCGUAUAUUCCACUGGCGUGGGUCCGCAAGAUUAAGCAGUUUGCACCGUUCGCUUUGGCCGCCAACGUGUUCAUUAUGGCUGGGCUGGGCUACGUUCUGACCUUUGAUGUCGCUCAUAUAGCCUCGCAUGGUGUGGCCGAAAUUGUGCAGUAUAACCCCUUGAGGUUCCCACUUUUGAUUGGUACAGCUGUUUUCGCCUUUGAGGGCGUCACUUUGGUGAUUCCUGUCAUUGAUAGUAUGACGCACAAGGACCGGUUCCCGGCGGUUUUGUCCACCUCCCUGGGCGUCUGCAUUGUUGUUUUCAUCGCUAUCGGGUCGCUAUCGUACUUGGCGCUGGGUGAUACCGUGGAGACCGUCAUUUUGCUUAAUCUGCCAAAAGCCGCGCCCACCUACCUGGUGCAGCUGUUCUACACCUUGGCUAUCAUGUUCUCUGUUCCCCUUCAGCUCUUUCCCGCGGUCCGUAUUCUCGAGUCUGCGGUUUUCCCGAGGUCCGGAAAGGGCAAUCCAAUGGUCAAGUGGCAAAAGAACGGCGUCCGCGCGUUGGUCGUUUGUUUGAUCGCUUGUAUUGCUAUUUUCGGCGCUGACCAGUUGGACAACUUUAUCGCUAUCAUCGGUGCCCUUGCCUGCACGCCUUUGAGCUUUAUAUUCCCGGCCGCUUUGCAUUACCGUAUAAGCCAAGGCCAUCCCUGGACGAGGUUUAAGGACCUUUUUUUGGGGUUGCUGGGAUGCAUAAUAAUGGUCUACGUCACGUAUAUUGGAAUAAUGAGCUGGGGAGUAGCAGCUCCAACUGUGGAUAGAUGCCCAGCAUCACCCUUACUGUAA